UGCAUUUAUGACAGAUGUAUUGGAGAGUUUUUGUGUGAAGAACUCAGCUAGGAUGAUUCUGUUUCUUAAAUACACUGGAGCAACAAUUGUUUUACUGUCUGUUCUAAUUGAAGUUGGACAACCUUAUCCAAACAAUGACUUUGGGUGUGAAGAGUGCAAACUCAAGGAAAACAGCAUUUUCUCAAAACCUGGUGCUCCUGUGUAUCAGUGCAUGGGAUGCUGCUUUUCCAGAGCUUACCCGACUCCUUUGAGGUCCAAGAAAACAAUGUUAGUCCCCAAAAAUAUCACAUCUGAAGCCACGUGCUGCGUUGCCAAAGAGUUUAAACGGGUGAUUGUUAAUGAUGUAAAGUUAAUCAAUCAUACAGACUGCCAUUGCAGCACUUGCUACCAUCACAAAUUUUAGAUAUCAUUACUUGACAAACGUGUGUUGACAAAUGUGUGGUAAAGAGCGCUCAAGUUAUAUACUGAAAAAUACACCAUCUCAUGUGUAUGCUGAAGUUUUUGUGCUUAAUGUUUGUCUUAAAGCAGUAAUUGCUAAUCCCAUUUAGAAAUGUAAACCAACUUGCAAAGUUUGAUUUGUCAAAUAUGUCUUUAAAAUAAAGCAUAUG